CAGCUCUCAGCUGUCAGAGAGCAGUCAGUCUGCAGUGGAGGCACAAGCAGGAUCUGUCUCUGUGUGCUGCAGCACUAGUCUAAACAUCAACGUUUAAAGGACUUUCUGUGGCUUUCUGUUUCUUCUCAGCUACAAAAACUGCAAGACAAGGAGUUAAAAAGGAAUUAAAUAACCACUAAAACUCAGGUUUUUAUUCAGUUUCUCUUCUGUUUCCUCCUUCCUGUUCUUUGUUUUCGACCAGCAGAAUCCCCAACAGCACAGACAAAGCAGAGCAUCAUCACAACAACAGCUUCUGAGGACAUCGUGGGAAUAACCUAAAAAAAACCCUGCAACCUUAAUGCAAAAUUAAGGUUGACCACGACUAGUCCUCUGUGGAUCUGCAGUGCGUGAGUGAGUGUGUGCGGAUCCCUGCCAUAUAGGGCCCCCACCACAUUGUGUGUGUGUGCGUGUGGAGGCUAAUGCCCACGGUAGUGUGGUCAGGGCCAGAGGAGGAUGGGUCCGGCUGUGGAGGCUCAGGCCCAAAAGGCCAUGGAUGCAGAGCAAAAGCAGCAGCUGCAGCAUCAGCAGUGCUACAUGCAGAAAGGGGUGAUGCUUGAGCCCUUCGUACACCAGGUGGGAGGACAUUGCUGCGUCCUGCGCUUCGGGGAACAGACCAUCUGUAAGCCCCUCAUCCCCCGCGAACAUCAGUUCUACAAGAGUCUGCCUGCUGCAAUGAGGAAGUUUACCCCCCAGUAUAGAGGUGUUGUGUCAGUAAGCUUUGAAGAGGAUGAAGAAGGGAACCUUUGCCUCAUCGCUUACCCCCUCAAGAGUGACCCUGCAGCAGAUCUGGAGAACAAGGACCCCAUGGCCGACUGCGAGCCCAAAAACGAGAUGCUCAAGUGGGGGAUGACGUCUUCGCUGCUUGUGGACAGUGAAAAUUACAGCAAAGAUGGCCGAAGCCGCCACUCUCGUAAAGACAAGGACAGAAGUGUACACAAGCUCCAGGAGGACGUGGAGCUGGAUUGGCUGCGGCAGGCCGAGGUGCUUUACUACAGACUGGACCACAGUCACAGCAACGCUGUACCGCAGCUCAAGCACAACCCCUGGAGCCUCAAAUGUCAACAGCAGCACCUGCAGAAGAUGAAGGAGAAUGCAAAGCACCGCAACCAGUACAAAUUCAUCCUGCUGGAAAACCUGACGUGGCGGCACACCAUGCCGUGUGUGUUGGACCUGAAGAUGGGCACACAACAGCAUGGAGACGACGCCUCGGAGGAGAAGAAGGCCGUAAAGAUCCGAAAGUGCCAGCAGAGUACAGCAUCCUCUAUAGGAGUCUGCCUCUCAGGCAUGCAGGUGUACCGGUCUGACACGGGCCAGCUAAUGUUCAUGAGCAAGUUCCAUGGCCGCAGGCUGACCCUGCCGGACUUCAAGGAGGCUUUGUUCCAGUUCUUUCACAGCGGACGGCGUCUACGACGUGAACUCCUGUCCCCGGUGCUGCGCAGGCUCAGAGAAAUGCUAGCAGCCUUGGAAGCCUGUGAAUCCUACCGCUUCUACUCCAGCUCCCUGCUCAUCAUCUACGAUGGAGCUUCCCACCGAAAACACACACGCCAACACACUGAGGACAGCCUCUCUGAAGAAGAAGAAGAUGAGGAUGAGGAGGAGGAGGAGGAGGACGAGGGGGUGGAGGCUGAACCAGAAAUGGAGGAGGAAGAGGAAGAGGAGGAGGAGGGGGAUGUGGGUGAAGUAGCAGGUGCACUCAGUUUUCCUCACAGCUCCUCCACGUCGAGCGAUGGCAGCGGCGGGAGCUCAGGUGACUCCCGCAGCAGCCCCGCGGUGGACGUGAGGAUGAUAGAUUUUGCCCACACCACCUGCAGACAUUUCCAGGGAGAGAGCGUGGUGUAUGAGGGCCUGGACAGCGGCUACAUGUUUGGUCUCCAGAACCUGAUCACCAUUAUCUCCGAGCUGGAGAACCACAGCACAGACUGAGGGCUGACCCCCUCUGACCUUUGGAAGAAAAGAGGACUGGACUACAGAAGGGCAGAGAGAUCUCUCCCCUCUUCAAAAUCUGAUCUUGUUGUAGCUGGCCUUUCAUUGGACCCUGUUCCUGUUUCUGCCAUCGGUGCUUCUCAAUGUUCCUGUUGUGUGUUUUCGUCUUCAGGAUAUGAAUCAGACUAUCGCGUAAUAUAGAAGAGCCAUCUGUGUGACUGAUGCAGUGAUUUACCCAUUGUCAUCAUUCUGUUUAACCCAGUUCACCGUGAGGACAAAAUAGGGGAAGGCAGCCAAUAAAAGCAGUGUUGAAGGCUCGAGACAGUAGAAAUGUUUUCCUUGUGUCCGAUUCCAAAGAAAGUAUCAGCGUUUUGCACACACAAACAUGCACUGAAACACAUUCUGUUGAAGAAGUGUGUGUUUACACUGAGGGCUAUGUGAGAGAGCAGGAGCUGUAAUGUGUAUGAGGACAGAGUCAACGGGAGGAGAGGUAGUGCGCUCACACCCUCCAUUCUCCUCUUUUUCCUGUUCAUUCUGCCAUCCUUUCCCUGUUCAUCCUCACUCAAAGAGACUAUAUUCAUAACAGUACCAGAGACAGAUGACAUAGAGUUAUUUCUUUAUUUGACAUGUUUCAUAAAAUAAACUAAAAGUUCAAAAAAUAUUGUGAAUGGAGAGUACUACAUUCCAUGUUAUUAAUGUUAUAAUAAUGAUAUGAAUUAAUAUUGUUAUUUGACAUGUUGGGAUACCUCUAUCUUGUAUGUAUGUUUUGUCCACAGUUUGUUGGGGGGAAAUUAAAGACUUGGGUUUGUGCUAACA